AUGUCGACCGUGACGAAAGUGGACUGGGAGGACCCUAGGGAUUUCAAUCCGGAAGGUUUUGAUAGCAUUGAUCGCCGUUUCGACAGUAUUGUCUGGGCUCUGGAGGAAGUUGAGAAAGGUGUAGAAGACAUGGAGAGGGCCGAGCGACAUCCCACCAUUUACAACAAUACAACCAUGCUCGCUGCUUUUAACAAAGAGCUAAGCAAUGCUGGAUUCCGCACGGCCAAAUACUACAGCAUCCUCAGACGAUGGAACGUCCCCAAGGAUUACGGCAUCGUCAUCUGCCAUUACAUCUCGCCACCUAGAUACCGAUACCGAUUCACCAGAAGAUUCCGAGACGAUGGGGAUGAAAUCAGAUUCACAAAUGACACGAAUAUCGGGGUCUACAUCAUGUCCACUCAGGAGCUCGUGACAGCUAUGAAGACAGGCCGCUUCGUCUGGCCAGCUUGGCUGCAUUUGGGAUUUGGUGUCGCCAAGGAGCAGGUGUCCAAGCUGAAGAUAGCGCCUCGACAGUCGCAGGAGGUGACGAUUGCUCCUACGUAUGUGAUGGUGUCCGUGUUUGCUGACCGUGGCAAGAGUGUGACACUGCUGUAUCACGACGUGCUGGUGAAGAAGGGGUACAACCAUAUUGUACAGCAGAGAGACAUCAACAACUCGUUCAAGGACAACUCGUUCAGGGAAUAUACUAAAGACGAGUUUCUCCGACUUUUUUUUCCUUCACUAUAA